AAGCGACCUUUUGCGUGGACGGUCACGACUCAAAGAGCUCUAGCCUAUAAAAUGCCGAUUUUCACAGUUUACACCAAUAAAUCGUCAGGAAAAGAAGAGGCAACACAGUUUCUCCUUGAUGCUUCAAAAUUUAUUGCAAGUUUGUUAGGGAAACCGGAAAAGUAUGUGACUGUGCGUUAUCACCCCGACCAGCUGAUGUCUCAUGGAGGGACAACCGAUCCCUGUGGUAGUGUGGAACUGUACAGCAUCAACCUUGGUACAGAGAGAAAUAAUUCUUUUGCAGAGGCCAUUGGGGAAUUCAUAGCUACUAAACUGACUAUUCCAAAAGACAGGUUUUAUGUGAAUUUCACAGACCUUAAAAGGACGGAUGUUGCAAUUGAUGGUAAAACAUUUGCCACUUGAUGGUGUAAGGAGUUAUCUCCCUACAUAUAUAUAUGUUUUAAGACCAUUUUAGCUUGAGCAACCUACAAAACAUGUAUCAGUGGUUGUGUUGUGAGCACUCCUGUAAGCAUGCGGGAUGUGGAAUGAGCUGAACACUUUUGUGUGAUAAAAUAAUAUGUACCUUUCUGUUUGUUCAGACCAAAUGCUAUUUUAUAUGCAUUGUAAAUACUCAAAAAGGUUUCCAUUACUUAUUGGACAAUUUCAAUUUGACAUUAAGACCCCAUGCACGCUGCCAUCUGAGCCCACAAGAGUGAUUUAUGUAAUUGGAUAAACAUGAUUCAUAAUUGUUGUAAAAUAAUUAAAGUUUUAAAGAAACUUGCAUUUGACACCUGCCAACCUUCACAGUCACAUGUAUAUUCCUGCUUGAAAUAAUUUGCCUUUGGUGGUCAUAUUCAUGCUUUUUAAAUGAAUAAAGCUUUGAAAAUCA